AUGAACUUGAGAAGGACACUGUCCAGUUCUCAGAUGUCCUCUUCCAACAAAUAUGGAGACCGCUUCAUUCCCUUCCGAACCGAAGCCAAAUGGAGCCUGACAUUCCAUAGACCAAACAACCCCGAGAAGUCAUUGACUGCAGAACGGUCAGGGGCCAGCGGCCAAAGUGGGCUCGUCUAUUCUGCCUUGCUGGAGAAUGAGCUGCUGGGAGGUGGGAUCAGAAGACUGCGGAACCAAACCUCUGGCCCACAGGAGGAGGAGAAUCUCUUCACAUAUACUCCCAGCGCUAAGCCAGGCCAGGUGACCAGACUCUGUGACUUGUCUCUGGAAGAAGAUAUCGUGACCUCCGUGAGCUGUUCUGAGAGGGGAAAACUGGUAGGAAUUGGCACUCAAAAAGGCCUCAUACAGAUCUGGGAUAUAAUGGUGGGGAAGAAACUGCUCACAAUGGAAGGCCACAGAGACAGAGUCGGUGCGUUGGCCUGGUACGCAGACCAGAUUUCUUCGGGGAGCAGAGAUACGAGGAUCCUCCAGAGAGAUAUCCGGGCCUCCCCCCUGCAGACUCCACGGUGUCUGCUCGGUCACAUGCAGGAGGUGUGUGGGCUGAAGUGGUCCAUAAAUCACCAGCUUCUGGCCUCUGGUGGAAAUGACAAGAAACUUCUGAUCUGGAACCAUUCUAGCGAACAGCCUCUCCAGCAGUACACCAAUCAGAAGACAACCGUAAAAGCCAUCACGUGGUCUCCUCACCAGCACGGCCUGUUAGCACUGAAUGGUGGGAAAAGUAGCCAUGGCAUCCAGUUCUGGGACACGCUGACAGGACAGCGCCUCAAAUACAUCGAGACGGAUUCUCACGUGUGCAACCUGGCCUGGUCCAAGAAUGACAAUGAGUUGGUGAGCACUCACGGAUACAAAGGGAACCAGAUCAUCCUCUGGAAAUACCCUUCCCUCACACAAAUAGCCAAACUCAAAGGUCAUUCCCGCCGAGUUUUACAUCUGGCAAUGUCCCCUGAUGGAGAAUCGAUAAUCACAGGGGCCGGAGACAGGACCCUUCGAUUUUGGAAUGUUUUCCCCAAAACCCAUUCAACCAACGAAUGCGUAUCUGUCCUUAAUCUAUUCACUAGCAUUCGGUAA